CAUUUAGUUAAAUUAAAAUAUCAUUACGCAUUUAGUUAAAUUAAAAUAUCAUUGCGCAUUUAGUUAACAUAUCAUUACGCAUUUAGUUAAAAUAUUAUUACGCAUUUAGUUAAAUUACGGCCAUGUCAGUUAUAUUUUAAUUGAUAAACGAGAUAUUUAAACGGUCUCAGACAUCUACGUCAGUUUUUGGAUGAGCAAAAUUAAAUUCGUAAUUUUAACUACAUAACAUCAUUAAGUUGAGGGAUGUUGUCAUGCAUAACAUAUAAUUCGUGUAACUAGAUAUACAUUAGUUUAGUCAUCAUGGUUAGUCAUGUGAUGGCUAAUAUUUCAUGUAAUCAACAAUUAUUUUUUCAUUAUAUAAAUAAAAAUAUCACGAAUCAUACCCGAAUAUAUAGAACAAUCAAAUUAUUACGUAAACUUGCGAAGUCUCUCUCCUUCAGCUCUGUCCUCUCUUCUCGAUCCGACACAGAGGAAGGAUGAGAUGAACCUCAGCCGAAGUUAUUCUAACUUUGUUUCUAUCGGGUUGAUUUCUGGGAGGUGGUGAUUUCUCUACACCGUCGUCGUCCGCUUUGGGUUCCGAGGAUCGGUGGCUCCGCCAGCACCGGAUUCGUCGGCUUUCGCUUCCGGGAAGCGGUGGCUCUGACAGCACCGUUUUCGCCGGCUUUUCCCGGUUUCCAAUCUAUGCUUUUGUUCUCUCUUUGCUCAAUCGACUCUCGAUUUGAGACUCCAUGUUGGUUGUUCUUGGAUCGAUCGUAGAUGAUUGUUUUUCUGGAAGCGUAGAUCUAUGGUUUGAACUUCUACGAGGGUGCUCUAGUUGAUCGGCCUAGUUAAGGGUUUGGUGUGUUUGAGGGCGGAGUUUGGUCGCGCCUUGAUUCUCUGGGAGAUGGAGGAGAUUUCGACUGGGUCGUUGGGUUCGUGGCGCGGGGUUUUUUUCCGGUGAUUCUACGGUGAACGCCGGUGACUCCGGCGACGAAUCUCGAAGCGGUGAAGGUGGAGAUGUCGUAAAACACGUGUUCCUCAUCGGUGAGGAGUCCAACACGUGUUUUGGUCCUGUUAUCUAGUCGACACGUGCAUGGGGUAAAGCCUAGUGGGCUUGGGGUGUUGGGUUUAUGGCGUCGGAUUUUUGGGGCGCCGGGUUCAGGUUAAUGUUUUUGGGCUUUUGACCCAUAUGGUUUCUUUAGUCUGUCCAUCGGGCUUUUAUGUUUUGUAGGGGUCAUUAUUUUGACCCAUCAAAAAUAAUAAUAAUAAUAGAUGGAAAAAAAAAUAUAUAGAACAAUCAAAUUCAUAGAUAUUGAUCACAUGUAUUUAUUAUCUACACUACCGAUAUAUUAUACCAUUUACUAUUUUUGUUAUUUUUAAUAAAAUAUAUUUUCAAUGAUUUUAUCAAUUUUCUGAUUUUAAAUCAACCAAAAAUAUAUCUAACUAUUCAUCAAAAUCCGCCAAAAUCCGCCGUUAGCAUCUACACGUUUAGUUCGCACUUCUCAAUUAUUUAAAGCUAAAUUCAUACGGGUUUGUCAUACAUGGAAGUCCAGAUAUACUUGAAGAAUAUUUAACGACACAUACAGGUUUUUCUUUAUUACUUUCCUAAUAAGUAAUAGCUAUAGUAAUGAUUACCAAUCAUGUCAAUAUUUCGAAUCAAUCAAUUUAAAUAUCAGAUUAUUAUCUAAUAUUUCUAAAUCGUUCCACUGAUAUACAGUGACAGCCCAUUAAACUAUAUAUCCAGACACCACACUCACAUUGUGCUUCUCAACAUCUUAAGCAGAUGCAGGACCAAGUUUCUGAACAAACACACUCAUCGACUGCUCUCUCUUUCUCUCCCUCUUUCCCUCUCUCGUUGAUAAGUCAUGAAAGGACAGAACCAAAGCUCAACAUCUUCUUGUAACAUCCAUCCAAUAGAUUUUGUUGAAGGUGUGUGUCCUAUCUGUCUCAACGAGAGGCUGCUAGUCUUGGCUUAUUUACAGAGAAGACACGCUCCAUCUCCUUCUCCUUCCUACCAUACCAUCCAAGAACCGAAAAUAAAUUCCCAAAAAUCUUCCAAGAAGAAAAACAUCAGACUCUUCUCGUUCCUUGGCUCCUUCCAACUGCGACACCACAAUUCUGAUCAUCGAGCCAACUCCAUCAUCAGUCCAGAAGAUUCAUUCAUUUCGAUUAAUUUCGAAAACAACGGAACAACUUCAUGGGAAAAGGAAAAAGAAAGUUACCAGCUUGAACAUUCCACGGCUUCAUGUGAUCAUCAAUAUCAACAUAUCACGAAGAAGGAGAUUAUUCUUCGGCUAAUGCAACGGCCUCUGUUGACGUGGAGCAAACGGAUUGGCCGACUCAUACACGUCAUCAGUUUCAGGAGGCGUUCUAGCGCCAAGGUUAAAGGUGAUGAUGGCUUGAGUAGAAGUUGCUUGAAGCCUUCGCCCCUCACAAACAAGAAAACGCAAAGUCUGGAAUCUUUUGUAUAAUCAUUUUGUUACAACUUUUUUUUUUUUUUUUUUUUUACUAACCAAGUAUCUUGGUCCCACCGAAAUGGUCCAGACUAGAGACCGAAGUGAGCAUGGACGCUGCCAGGGCGUCACCAUGUAGCUCACCGUGUAACGGUCUUCGGUCUCGGAUGCUGCAGCCCACAUGUAAAUUUCGCAGUGGUCAAGGUUCGAACCCAGGAGCGGACACUCCAGCUGGAGCUCCUAUACCACUAGACCAAAACAACUUGAUUAAAACUAUUAUCCUCUUUUUGUUCUAUUACAAUAUUUUGGCUUUUUCUAUUUGAGAAUAAGAUGAAAGCAAUCAUAUUCAAUAUAAAUGUGUUCACUUUAUAUAGUGAAUAAUCAAAUCUAUUUUUGAAAAUACGUAGUUAGCCAUUGAUUACUUAUUAAUAAGGACGUUAGUAGAAAAAGAAAUAUUUCCUAUAUAUUAUUUGACCAUUUUUUUUUAAAAGUUGUAAUCUUAAUUUUGUUUUAAUUACAAAAUGAACUUGUUGAGGUGUCAACACUUAACCUCUUCUUAUUGUUUAUGUGGCAAUUUUACAAUGAUUUUGGACAAACUAU